AUCGCCAAUAAAGUUACCGUUUGUGUCAACAGCGCUCACAACAACAACAACUAACAUAAUCAAAUUGCAACAAAGUCAACCUACAACUUAGUAAUAGCAACUAAUUGCCAACGAACUAAAGUUAACAACAACAAGAACAUAAAAGCGGCGCCACAGUUGCGAGACCAACAGCUCUUGUAGCCAGUAAGCCAAGCCAGGUGUGCUGCACACCACGAACAUACAUAACUGUAUAUCACACCUCAAAUUAUAUACACACCGGCACAUAGAUAGCGGCAAGCACAGACUGGUUUGCCAAGGCCGAAAAUGUCCAACACAGAUCUGCGUGCAUUGUUCGAGAACUUGGAUGAUUCGGCAGCGGCAGCGGCGGCCGAGGCGCUCGAUAUCAAAAAUAUUAUUGCCAAUUUCUCAACGGAAAUGUUGCGCAUGCACAAAGAUGUCCUUAAUGUAACUGCAAUGAACGAAAUUUCCAUAAACCAAACAUUGAAGGUGCUUUGCGAGCAGAGCGGCAGGCGCAACGCGCCACGCAAUGACUCAGCCAACUACUUAACCUGCCCGCCCUCGUUUGAUUCUGUGCUUUGUUGGCAAGAAACACUGGCUGGCACGACAGCCAUACAACCCUGUUUUGAUGAAUUCAAGGGUAUACAUUACAACACAGCAGAAAAUGUAACACGUCAGUGCUUAGCGGACGGCACGUGGGACAAUUACACGGAAUAUAUGCGUUGUCAGCCGGCUACAAUAUUACCGCCACAAUUGGCCGAUCUUUCGCCCACAAUCGAAUUAUCAUCGUAUAUAUAUUUCAUUGGAUAUUUCAUUAGUUUAACGUCGCUCAUUUUAGCACUGAUCGUUUUCUAUUUCUUCAAAGACUUGAAAUGCCUGCGCAACACCAUUCAUGCGAAUUUAUUCCUCACCUACAUACUCGCCGCGCUGCUGUGGAUCCUCACGAUGUGCCUGCAUGUGAUGACGGAGCAUCCCAGCGAGGCCGGCUGCAUCACUUUGGUCAUGAUGUUUCACUAUUUUAAUUUAACAAAUUUUUUCUGGAUGUUUGUGGAAGGCCUCUAUCUCUAUACUCUGGUGGUGCAAACAUUUUCCAGCGAUAAUAUUCGAUUUAUCAUAUACGCCUGCAUUGGUUGGGGUUGCCCUGCUGUUAUAACAUUUAUUUGGUCAAUAGCAAAAAUCUUCGCCACAUCAUUGGAGAGCGAGCAUUUUAACGGUUUGUUCAUUCAGUGCUCGUGGCUAAGGGAAUCUCACAUUGACUGGAUACUUCAAGCGCCUACCUGCCUUGUAUUAAUACUCAAUUUAAUAUUUCUCAUACGCAUCAUGUGGGUACUAAUCACGAAAUUGCGCUCGGCCAACACAUUGGAGACCCGACAAUAUCGCAAGGCUUCGAAGGCAUUGCUUGUGCUCAUACCGCUAUUUGGCGUCACAUAUCUCAUUGUAUUAUUUUGCCCGGGUGGCGAAGGUAUUACACAAAACGUAUUUGAAAAUCUGCGCGUCUUUCUUAUAAGUACACAGGGAUUUUUCGUAUCCUUAUUCUUCUGCUUUCUCAAUUCGGAAGUGCGUCAGGCACUAGGGCAUCGUUUCAUGAGAUGGCGGGACAAUCGGAAUUUACGAAAUGGCAGCAUACAUCGUAAUCGCCGAAAUAGGCUAUCCAAGGACUACUCACAUCGUUCAAGGACGGAAAGUUUACGUACUGAGGAGUAUAUGAUUUGUGUGCGGCCCUAGCACAGCCACAGUCGCAGCACCAGCUCAAUGAAACGGCAUCAUCAACCCUCAACACACGCACGCAGCGACUACGUUUGAAGAUGCUCAACAAAAGCUCGAACGUAUGAGGAACCGGAAAGACUUUCCCCAGUGCCAUUUUCUCAAACUAUCCAAUGCUUGCUUUACACACAACAUUUGCUGAAUCUAUACUAUUUACAUGUACUGUAUACAUACAUAUAUUUAGGCAAAGCAUUGAUAUGCGGCUGCAACCGCAGGCUUUAUGUACCUUAAUAUUUUUUAAUAACUAUAAGGAUAUAGAAAUAUUAUAUUAUGUAAUAUAUGUAUGUAUAACGGAAUGCAGCAUUCACUCGUACAUACGCCUAUGUAUGCAUAUAUGAGUGCAUAAAAACGAAAUCAAUUUGCCAUUUGAAAACUAUAUGUACUGUAAUUAUUUACAAAUAUUACAUAAUAAAUCAAAGA